AUGGUUCAACUCGCUUCCACCCUCGUCGCUGGUCUGGCUGGUCUUGCCAGCGUCGUCUCUGCCCACCCGGGUCACGACGUCAAGGCUGAGGCUGCCGAGCGCGCCGCUUUCCUGAAGAACGCUCCUCUCCGCUCUCGCAGCCUGGACCAGUGCGCUACGAAGCUGCGUGCCCGCGGCCAGGAGCAGCGCAACAUCGCCCGUCGUGAACAUGCCGUCAAGAACCUGCGCCGCAGCAUGGGCCUGGAGUCCCGCUCCCACUUCCUCAAGGCCAGGGACCUCGACACCGCCCUCAACACCACCCACCACUCCACCCAGAAUGUCAACCUCGAAACCGACCCCAACGUCCUCUUCGCCUCCGAGGCCACCUGUAUCCUCGCUCCGGACGUCACCCAGGGACCCUACUGUACGUUGCCAUCUACAUCCUCGGUCAACCCUAUCUAA